UAGAGGGCUUCUCCGUUGUAAUUCCCACGCUGCCGUAGCCGCUAGUGUUUUAUCCUGGAUGGAAGACAGUCUGUCUCAACGAAGACAGCCGGCUGGGGAGUGUAAUCGGCCAUCAUGGUGAACCAGGUUCAGCGAGGAGACGGCAGCUGGCAGCCAUGCAAGAGCGACUCCAGUGGGGCCAGCAACAGUGGGGAGAGCUCCAAGGAGAGCUCCCGGUGCUCCACGCCGGUGCUGGAUGCAGACCGGUCAGACAGGCUGCGGGAAAAGAUGCGAAGGAGGAUGGAGUCUGGGGACCACUGGUUCUCUCUGGAGUUCUUUCCUCCUCGCACAGCUAGUGGAGCCGUCAACCUGAUCUCAAGAUUUGACCGUAUGGGCUCUGGAGGGCCGCUGUUCAUAGACAUCACCUGGCACCCAGCAGGAGACCCGGGGUCAGAUAAAGAAACCUCAUCCAUGAUGAUUGCCAGCACGGCCGUCAACUACUGCGGCCUGGAGAGCAUCCUGCACCUGACCUGCUGCAACCAGACUAGAGAGAGGAUCACCGGGUACCUGGGCAAAGCUAAACGCCUCGGCCUGAAGAACAUCAUGGCUCUGAGGGGAGAUCCGGUGGGAUCAGACUGGGAGGAAGAGGAGGGAGGCUUCAACUUUGCCAUCGACCUCGUUAAACACAUCCGAUCAGAGUUCGAUGAUUACUUUGACAUCUGUGUUGCUGGAUACCCCACAGGCCACCCUGAGGCAGAGAGCUACGAGGAUGACCUCAGACACCUAAAGGAGAAGGUGGACGCCGGAGCGGACUUCGUCAUCACUCAGCUCUUCUUCAGGGCCGACACUUUUCUGAAGUUUGUAGACGACUGCAGAGCGAUCGGCAUCACGUGUCCCAUCUUACCUGGAAUCUUCCCUAUCCAGGGUUACCAGUCCCUGCGUCAGCUCGUCAAACUGUCCAAGCUCGAAGUCCCCGAGGAGAUCACAGAGGUCAUCGAGCCAAUCAAAGACAACGAUGCCGCGAUCCGUAACUACGGCAUCGAGCAUGCGGUGCAGAUGUGCCGCGUGCUGCUGGACAGCGGGAAGGUUCCGGGUCUUCACUUCUACACUCUGAACAGAGAGGUGGCCACCAUGGAGGUGCUGAGACAGCUGGGCAUGUGGAUAGAAGACCCCAGACGACCUCUUCCCUGGGCGGUGAGCGCUCAUCCCAAACGAAAGGUGGAAGAUGUUCGACCCAUCUUCUGGGCGACCAGACCCAAGAGUUACAUCUACAGGACCCAGGACUGGGACGAGUUCCCCAAUGGGAGAUGGGGAAACUCGUCGUCUCCGGCCUUCGGCGAGUUAAACGACUACUACCUGUUCUACUUGAAGAGCAAAUCAUCCAAAGACGCUCUGCUGCAGAUGUGGGGGGAGGAGCUGAUGAGUGAGGAGAGCGUCUUCGAGGUGUUCACCAGCUACAUCACAGCACAGCCGAACCGCAGCGGUCACCAGGUGAAGUGUUUGCCGUGGAACGAUGAGCCUUUGGCCCCAGAGACAAACCUGCUGAAGGAUGAGCUGGAGAAGGUGAACAGACGAGGAGUUUUAACCAUCAACUCCCAGCCCAACAUCAACGGGAAACCCUCGGCAGACCCCAUCGUGGGCUGGGGGCCUCCAGGAGGAUACGUCUUCCAGAAGGCGUACCUGGAGUUUUUCACCUCCAGUGAAAACGUCAGCGCUCUCCUCAAAGUGCUGAAGAAGUACGAGCCGCGCGUCAACUACCACAUCGUAAAUGUUCAUGGCCGUAACUCGACCAACGCCCCCGACAUGCAGCCCAACGCUGUGACGUGGGGAAUCUUCCCCGGCAGAGAGAUCGUUCAGCCGACUGUGGUCGACCCGGUCAGCUUUAUGUACUGGAAGGACGAGGCGUUCGCUCUCUGGAUCGAGCAAUGGGCCAAACUCUACGAGGACGAGUCGCCAUCCCGGAUGAUCAUCAAGUACAUCCAUGAUAACUACUUCCUGGUGAACCUGGUGGACAAUGACUUUCCUCUGGAGAACUGUCUGUGGCAGGUCAUCGACGACAUGUUCGAGCUGCUCGACGCUCCUCCAGAGCUUCACAACGACGGCACCGUCUCUGAAUAAAAACAUUUCAGACCUUUUGAUAACACUAAGGAGAAAAGCUGCUAACUUAGAGAGUCAAAGAAUUAACAGUAUUUUUAAAGACUUUUUAUAAAAUGUUUGUGAGUGGAGGACUGAAAAACUGCACUGUCUUGCCAUAGCAAAAACCAGACCCUUAAAAAUGUUUUUUCCUGUCUAGCUGAUGACCCUCUGAGCUGAUUUCAAAGAAAACAUUCAUCAUAUCAAGAAAUACAAACAGAAAACUAUCAUGAAGCUGAUUUUUAAUGUGAUAGAAACAUUUCAGAUGUAUGGAGGCCCUGAGAGGACAAACAUCCCUGCAUUUCAUUGUAAUUUCUGCUUUUAUAGCUCAUUGUGUCAGGGAAGUUAUGUCUGUUUGUCUGAGAAAACGACCAGAAUUUACUCAUCAUCACAGGAAAAACAAAGUGUGUUAAAAUGUUGGGAUGCAUGUCCUCUUAGGGCUUCUGUACACAUGUUUUUUGAUGGAAAAUGUCUAAUUUUAUAGAAGAAAAUCAUGCAAAUGUUUUGUACUGUUAUGGGAAAACCUACUUGAGAGAUGUUAAAGAGCUACUUUUAUAAGUGUAAGCUGAUGAUGAUUUUAUGAACCACGGAAAAAGUUACACUUGCCUUAACAUGUUUAAAUGUGCAUCCUAUUUAUUUGUUUAUUCUGCUUUCUGAAGCUCAUUAAAUAGUUUUUACAGGAUUGUACCAUAAGAGACAA